CUUCUGCUGAUCUGCAGAUAAAUUGCUUCCUUGUUCCAUUUUAGCCCCAUUCUCUCCAGAUUCUGCGAAAACGAUCGACAUUUAAAACGAGUUCUUCCUGUUGAAUACAAUCUCUGCUGGUAUGGCGACCGAGCAAGUGAAACCCCCUACCGAGGAAGCGAAAAUCGAUCUGUUUGAAGAUGAUGAUGAGUUUGAGGAGUUUGAAAUUGACCAAGAGUGGGAGGCCAAAGAUGAAGGUAAAGAAGUAACUCAGCAAUGGGAAGAUGACUGGGAUGAUGAUGAUGUCAACGACGAUUUCUCACUGCAGCUCAGGAGGGAAUUAGAGAGCAAUACCGAGAAAAAAUGACUGUUUAAGUCUACAUGACUUGGUUACCGUUAUUAAUGUUUUGAGAUCGUAGCUUUUAUAUCAAACUUUACGGUGCUGUAUGGAACUUUUUGCUACUUAAUCGUCAGCUCUGACCAUCCAAGUAUUCCUAUUUUGCCAAGUUGAAA